CCCCUGGUGCUCCCGUAUCAAGCGCCUCGUUAGCUUCAAUAUUCCCUGCUGCUAGCACAAAAAUGGAGUACUUUCUCCAUCGCCUGAUUGUCCGGUUGCACUUGCCAAGCCAUAUCAUCCGCAUGAUAAUUUCGGUUGUGCUCGUUGGAUGAACUUUGUAUUUGGGAUAUUGGAGCUAAUGACUAGGAAGAUGCAAUGGGGUUCGCUGACCCCCCAAAACGCCUAUAUCCUAUAAUGUUAUAUACCCUCCUUGCCCACUGGUUCUCUCACCAGUGCCUCAUUCUUCGACGUUCAUUUGCGGAGACACUCCUUAGUAGCAGACAUUUGUCUGCGUCCUUUCGUUGAACCACCAAGGCCUCCUUACUGGCUUGCGGCUUCCUUACGCCUGCCAGUUGCCACUCCUUCGAUAUGGUGUUCAAGCCUCUUACCAUUGCUGCGGCGGUAGCCGGUCUCACUCCUUUUGUGUCUGCUUUCGAUGCCCAGGCAAAGUCCAACGUUGCCGUCUACUACGGUCAAGGAUAUGGUCAACAAAGAUUGAGCCACUUCUGCCAGGAAACUUCGUUGGAUAUUAUCAACCUUGGCUUCAUCAAUACUUUCCCGGACCAGGGACCUGCCGGGUGGCCGGGUAGUAACUUCGGCAAUCAGUGUGAUGGCCUAACAUAUGAAAUUGACGGCGUCUCAACGGAGCUUCUUUCUGGUUGUCACCAAAUUGCAGAAGAUAUUCCCAUCUGCCAGGAAGCAGGAAAGAAGGUUUUCCUGUCCCUCGGUGGUGCCUCUCCCGAUAACCAGCAGAUUUUGUCAGAUGCCUCUGCUGUCCAAUUCGCCGAUUUCCUCUGGGGUGCCUUCGGUCCGCAGACGGAGGAAUGGGUGUCGAAUGAUGGCCCUCGUCCUUUUGGUGACGUUGUUGUCGAUGGGUUCGAUUUCGACAUCGAGCACAACGGCGGUUUUGGAUAUGCGACUAUGGUCAAUCGGUUCAGAGAGCUUUUUGCCUUGGUCCCCGAGCGUACCUUUUACAUCUCUGGUGCCCCCCAAUGCCCGAUACCCGACCCUCAACUCAGUGAUGCGAUUGCCCAAUCCCCCUUUGACUUCGUUUGGGUGCAAUUCUAUAACACUGCUGGCUGUGCCGCUAGUGACUCUAUCAAUGGUGUCAGCACCGGCUUCAACUUUGACGACUGGGUGGAUGUCAUCAAGCGUGGAGCCAACCCGGACGCAAAGCUCUAUGUGGGAUUGCCUGCCGGUCCCGCUGCAGCAGGAACUGGGUACUACCUGACCCCGGAGGAAGUCUAUCCUCUGGUGAAUGUGUAUAUGAACCUCUACCCGGAGACGUUUGGAGGUAUCAUGCUUUGGGAAGCAACGGCUUCGGAUGAGAAUACGUUCAAUGGGCUCACAUUUGCCGACUUAAUCAAAGACAUCCUGGUUGCAGUUGAUCCUUCGCCACCGGUUCCCAGCCCUUCGUCUAGCAGUGCUAUCGCCUCAAGCACACCUGCGGUGUCGAGUACCCCUGUUUCAUCAAGCGCUCCUGCUUCAUUCACCUCGACUCCGUCAAGCAGUCCAGUUCCGUCAAGCUCUGCUGUUUCUACUCCCGCGGUUCCGAGUACAACCGAGUCUUCAAGUACUCCUGUGGUGUCAAGCAGCGUCUCUGCGUCAAGUAGCCCUAUCGCAUCAAGCCCUGUGGCGUCCAGCUCUUCAGUUCCAUCCAGCACUGCUAUUGCCUCCAGCACUCCAGUGGCAAGCAGCGCGCCCGUGACCACCAGUGCCGCUGGUGCUUCCAGCUCACCGAUUGUCCCCAGCUCCCCGGUUGCCUCUAGCCCUGCUGUUCCCUCCAGCUCUGCUGUUACAUCUAACACUCCCGUGGCCUCCAGCUCUGUUGUUGCCUCCAGCUCUCCUAUUGUGUCAAGCAAACCGGCGGCAUCUAGCCCAGCUAUCAUUUCCAGCACCCCGGCGGUCAGCACCCCUGUGGCAUCCAGCGCUCCCGCUGUCUCUAGCUCUGCUACUGCAUCUGGAUCCGCUAUUGUGUCCAGCUCCGCUAUUGCGUCCAGCUCUGCUAUUGCGUCCAGCUCUGCUAUUGUGUCUAGCAAGCCAGCAGCAUCUAGCCCUGCCAUUGUUUCCAGUACUCCGGCGGUCAGCACCCCUGUGGCGUCCAGCACUCCCGUUGUCUCUAGCUCUGCUAUUGCAUCCAGCUCCCCUGUUGUGUCAAGCACCCCUGCGGUAUCAAGCAGCCCUGCUGUCUCGAGUUCUCCUGUGAUAUCGAGCACUCCUGCCAUGUCAAGCAGCCCGUCUGCAUCAAGGACCCCCAUCAUUCCAAGCUCGGCUGCCAGUUCUGCCAUUGCAUCGAGCUCUCCCAUUCCUUCGAGCUCCAUUGUAAGGUCGAGCACUCUGCUUCAUUCCAGCUCACCGGCCCUGUCGAGCAUUCACACCUCCAGCAACCCUGUGGUGCCAAGCAGCUCAGCCAUUUCCCUCCCUCCUUCAAGCACGCCUGUCCGUUCAACUUCAUCUGUUGCUCCAGGAAAGUCAUCCAGUGUUCCUGUUAUUUCAAAGCCAUCCUCCACGAUCAUUGCGACUUUCACCAGUUCUUCUGGGUCAUUGCCCUCUUCCAGCACUCCCGCUGGGACCGGGGUUCCAUCAUCUACCCUGUCACAUCCGUCUAGCACACCGUUACUGUCAAGCUCACCUGUCAGCUCUGCCGAGCCGGUCUCUUCAAGUUCUGCUGUAGGAUCCAGCGUGGGUUCCUCGUCCAGUGUGGUCCCUGGAGUGUCGACCAGGUCAAGCUUUUCAGUUGUUCCCUCUGGUACGCCCAUCGCAUCUGUUUCGGGAACAACAAUCGUGUCUGCUACUUCCUCGUCAAGCGGACCGGGCAGUCCCACCGUGUCAAGCUCCAUCAACACGUCGAGCACAGAUGCUUCAACACGCACUUCUGCUUCUUCUGUGGAGUCUACCUCCUCGGGAUCGGUGGUUACAUCGGUGACCUCAUCCGGCGCCCCUCAUGCGUCAAGCUCCACCAGCUCCGUUGUUACCACCAUCCCAUCGGUGCCUUCUGACAGCUCGUCCUCGUCUGGUAGUGAAGUAACGUCGAGCACCGAGUCUGCUAGCUCAGCAUCAGGCCAGACUGGAGCGAAAACAACUUCCGUUUCUUCGGGCAGCUCGGGAGCAGCCAGCACCUCAACCUCCGGUGCCGCUGCAAAUGGCUCGGGUGCUCAGGACAGCACAAAGUCUACUGAUCACGCCAGCACCUUUUCCUCGUCGUACUCGACUCCCUUGGGCAGCGUUUCAAGACAAACAGACGGCGCAACUACCGUUCCAACUGGUGUACCAACCGGCAACGGUAGUGGACUCGCUCCGAUUACUUCCAACAUCACAUCUGCCCCGGCGGUACCUUCGGUCACGUCCAGCGGCUCGGAGCCCACCAUCACUACCACGGUCAUUGUGACUUCUUACAUUGACAUCUGCCCCGAAGGGUUCACCACGAUCACCACGACUUAUACCACUACUUACUGUCCUGCAACGGCGUCUGCCACAGCCACCGUCACCAACCCUCCCGGCGCUCCAGCGCAGAUCACUAGUCCUAGCGUCCCUGAGGGCUGGACGACGACUGUGACCGUAUGCACUCACUGCGCUCCCACACCGACUACUGUCACUCUUACUUUGCCGGCCACCAAUCGGCCGUCAGGGCUGGCAUCCUCGACCAGCGCACCGAACUCUCCUGAAGACUGGACCACCACGGUCAGUGUCUGCACCGACUGUGGUCCUACACCUACCACGGUCACGGUCACGGUUCCCGUCAGCGCUGCCACAGGUGUUGAUGCGUUGACUGCCAAUCCUUCUGGUAGUCAGUCUACCGGAGAGAGCUUGCCCGGCCAAAGUGCCCCUACAGCCCCUACAGCUCCCGCGUCAACAGCCCCCACCACGACUGCGACGGUCAUUGUGGCCCCGAGCCAAUCGUCAACCAGCCAGCCGGUAAUUCUUGGAACCGGCAGCGUCCGUGCCUCAUCGACCUUCCAUAUCCAGCCAUCCCAGAGCGGAUCCCGAGUGCCUGUGGCUCCCAGCGGCACGGCCGCCGGCGUGUCGCCCGUAUUCACGGGCGCGGCUUCACGGGUGUCACAACUGCAACACGGUGCAGGUGCAGUGUCAGCGUUUGCGCUGUUCCUCUUGGCAGCCAUCUAGACGACGUGCUUCCUAGCUUACGAAAUACUUUCGCCAUGAGAACCCACAAGCCACUUGGACCAAGUGCUUGGGAUGUAAUGCUUAAUCUCAGGAUGAUACUACCACCUUACUGUCUGUCAUGUAUUUAACUUUCAUUCUCCCAGCGAUCUAGCUGUACACUUUACGACCAGUAUAUUACUUAGCCAUAAACAAAAUGCCAUUCUUUCAAAUCCACAAAGG